UUAAAAAACGUUUUCUGAUUCCGACGUUAAAAGUGAAAACCCACAAAAAAACCUCUCAAUUUCAAACCCACACGAGGGUUCGAAUCCGAUACACCGAAACUUUGUAAAAAUGCCGAGCAAGAAGAAGAGGAGGAGGGAUUCGGAGCGACCCACAAUCCAUCCCAGAAACAAGUACUCCGAGAACCCACCCGACUUCGCGCUCCUGGCCUCUCUGUACCCCUCGUUCCAGCCCUUUGUCUUCUACGGCCGCGACGGUCGCCCCAGAAUCGACUGGACCGACUUCAACGCCACUCGAGAGUUGACCGGGGUCCUCCUCCUCCACGACCAUGGCCUCCACUGGUGGAUUCCUGAUGGGCAGCUCUGCCCUACAGUGCCCAACAGAUCCAAUUAUAUCCAUUGGAUUGAAGAUCUUCUUGCAUCUGACAUUAUUGCAAAGACUAACAUCAGUGGAGAUAAUGUGAAGGGUUUUGAUAUAGGAACUGGAGCCAACUGCAUUUAUCCACUUCUUGGUGCAUCUCUUCUUGGGUGGAGUUUUGUUGGGUCAGAUGUCACUGACGUUGCCUUAGAGUGGGCUGGGAAAAAUGUUAAGAAUAAUCCCCAUAUUUCACAACUUAUUGAAAUUAGAAAGGUUGAAAUUCAUGAAGAGAGUCCUAUGGAAGAGUUGCACAAUGACGAGUUGGUCUUUUGUGAGAGCAAAACAGAGUUGAGUGGGAGUACGAUUAGGAAGGAGGUGGAUCCUUUGCCCUCCACUUCAUUCGAUCCACAUGCAGAUGCGAACAAGAGGUAUAAUGGGCCACCUGUACUUCUUGGUGUGGUCAGGGACAGUGAGAAGUUUGAUUUCUGCAUGUGUAAUCCUCCAUUUUUUGAAUCCAUGGAGGAAGCAGGAUUGAAUCCAAAAACUUCUUGUGGUGGGACUCCAGAGGAGAUGAUUUGUCCUGGUGGAGAAAAGGCUUUUAUAACUCGUAUUAUUGAAGAUAGUGCUGUUUUGAAGCAUUCUUUUCGGUGGUACACUUCAAUGGUUGGGAGAAAAUCGAACCUCAAAUUCCUGAUAUCAAAGCUGCGAGAGGUUGGAGUCACCAUAGUAAAGACUACUGAAUUUGUCCAAGGGCAAACAUGUCGAUGGGGGCUAGCUUGGUCUUUUGUCCCUCCAGCGAGGAAGAUAGUAUCACCUCACGUGGCUGAGAAGAAUAUCAUGUCUUUCAUGCUUGAGGGUCUUCAACGCCAAUUCAGUGCUUUUCAUGUAUUACAAUCGAUUGAGUCUUUCUUCCAUACUAGUGGUGCAUCCUGUGAAUUGAAUGCCUCUUCAUUUACCAUUGAUGUCACCGCAUCAAAUGAUCAUUGUGAUGCAAUCCUGAAGGAUGAGUUACAACCUCUUGGUGAAGCUAGAAGUUGUCAACACGUGCAAGAGACAUUUAAUAGUUCAAGUUGUUUGCACCCUCCUUUAAAUAACUUAUGUUUUCGCAUUUCGGUUUUUCAGCAAAUCCCGGGGACACUUCUGGUGAAAGGAUCGUUACAGCAUAGAGAUAAUCCAGUGCCAGGAGCAUUCUCAUUGAUAUUUCAAAGAUUAGAGGAAGUUUUAAGACACAAAUUCUGUAGAUAAAAGGCCACCAUAGAGUUUUCCAGUCUGAGCAGGUUUUUUGGGUAGGUUGGUCUGAACAGGCUACUGCCAUAUAAUUUUUAGAUCUCAAGCAAAAGGGUGUUGAUCAGUAACAGUUCUUUGUUGUACAUUCUUUCAUUUUCCUUGUUUGUCUUCUUUGCCAUCACUGUAUUUGGAGCUACAUCUUUAAUUAUGUACCUAUUUGUUUUUUAUGCACA